AUAGGCACCCGACAGAUGGAUAAUGAUCAGCUGAUUUUCUGUCUGACAGAUGUUCUAGAUUUCUCUAGUUUUGCAUACUUUUUUAAUCAAGUGCAUAAAUCAAAAUUCACUUACAUGAAGGCACUGGGAGUGGGGUUUGCAACACGGCAGGUGGGGAAUGUGACUAAACCCACUGUGAUUAUCAGCAGCGAGGGGGACAAAGUAGUGAUCAGAACUCAAAGUACUUUCAAAAACACAGAAAUCAGCUUUAAACUCGGAGAGGAAUUUGAUGAAACUACCCCAGAUGAUAGAAACUGCAAAUCAGUUGUGACCCUGGAUGGAGAGAAGCUAGUGCACGUACAGAAAUGGGACGGCAAAGAGACAAACUUUGUGAGAGAAAUAAAGGAUGGCAAAAUGGUAAUGACUCUCACCUUUGGUGACGUGGUUGCUGUUCGCCACUAUGAGAAAGCAUAGAAUACACCCAACUUCUGUCCAGAUGUUACUUCUGUUGGAUGGGUUAAUGCCCUGUCCAUGAUUGGUCGUAGCUAAAAUGCACAUUUCUUGCAUGAAAGGUUAAUAAAGAUUUUUUUUUGUUGGGGGGGUGUUUUUUUAUAAAAAAAGUUAUGCCAUCAAACUGGCAUGCUUGUUCUGUAUAGUGAAACCGUUUAAACUUGGCAUUAAAUUUCUGAUACACUUGCCUCUUUUUUUUUUUCCUUUUUUACAGUAAAUGAAAAAUAUUUGAAUAGCUUUGAAAUGCAGAUAAAACAAAUUAAAACGUUUUUUAAACCUGUG